UCGAGUCAGUCUGCGUCCGCCAGUCGUCGCGACGUCCUCGCUUCGUGGUGACUUUUGCGCCGAUUCUAUCCGUCGUUUCGUACCGUGACCAAUGCUCGGAUCGACGAAUCUUCCAAUUGCACGCGUAGUCGCAAUCUUUCGACGGCUUCCUUGAAAAGCCCGUUCGAAUUCUUCUACAUCGAAUUGCCCAAUUAUUUCGUCUCUCGGGGGGAGCUACGCCACGCUUUUGUGCAAACAGGGGGUUGAUUUGUCGCCAUCCGUCCCAGAGAGUUUGCGGUUCAUCGGGGGAAAUUUCGAUCGAUCGAGUGUGAGAUCAAGAGCGAGAGAAUUGUCGCGCGUUGUGCGAUCGGUAGACACAUACGAGAGGAGGAGGAGUGUUUUCACAGGAAGGGGAGGAGGAUCGUUCCUCUCGAGGAAGCACAUUGAAUAGUAACGUCGCGAGACACGACGACGACGACGACGACGACGUGUCGACGAGGAUUCGCUUCUUGUGCUUGGUAUUUCUCCCUUUUCCACAUCGUUUCACCCUUCCCCUCCCUCCUUUUUUUUCUCGCACCUGUGUUUCGCGCAACCGACUUGCCACGAAAGAUCAACCGAGGAGAGAGAAAGAAUCGAGCAGAAAAAGACACGGAAAUUUGCUCCUCGUCCGCUCUUUUUUCCCCUCUCAUUUUUCUCCCCUCUCUUUUUCUUUCUCUCUCUCUCUUUUUUUCUCUUUCUCUAUUUUUUCCCCGAUUUCCCCUCGAAUCGACGAACAGAGUUUCUUGUGCGCGUCGGUGGAUGGAUCGUCGCCUUUGACAUCCCUCGAUAUCUGUCGGCUAUUAUCGUUCGGUGAGUUGGAGAUGAGUCGUGGCGCGUAGUUGGUCGAGAGAGGAUCGACGCCGCGUUUCGCGUUUCAUGCGAGUGUAAAAAAAGAAAAGUGAGGCGGAAAAGCGGAGGGAAGAGAGGGGUAGUGGUGGAAAAGUGCAAGCUGGCAAGGCCUACGGCUCCACUUCCGUUCCCCGAUAUCCUGCUCCCCGCCCGUGGAAAACAGUCGAGUUUGGCGACGGAGUCGAGGAUUCUCUCUAAGACGUAGAUUCUGUAGACGGGUUUAUCAGCUGUGCAUGUCCCAGUUCACUGGUAUCGGCGAGUACAGCUGCCACGGCCAAUUUCUGUAACACCCGGAAAGCUUACGGCGCGUUGCAGUGGGAAUUUUAAACUGCUGCCCCGGCUGCCCGUUCGAGUGGGCUGGACUUUAGAGCUGGAGGAUAUACAUGGUGAAAGUUUUGGCGAUGAAGAUGAGCAAAGUGGGCAACCAGACCAAUUCGCAGGACCCACAGGCGGUGAAUUCCCGGGUUUUCGUCGGGAAUCUAAACACGUUCCAGUGCAGCAAGACCGAUGUGGAGCGAAUGUUUCAGCGUUACGGCCGUCUGGCAGGAAUAUCUAUGCACAAAGGCUAUGCAUUCGUGCAAUUCACAAAUCCCUUUGAUGCCCGGAGCGCCUGCCUCGGCGAAGAUGGCCGCACCGUUCUUAGCCAGAUACUCGACGUUAACAUGGUGGCCGAGCCGAAACCCCAUCAAACUGGGCGCAAGCGACAGAACGUGACCAAGACUGGCAACGAUUGGGACUACUACUACGACAGUUACUACGCGUCCACCGCUUUUCCACCCCGUUUGGCGCCACCAUUGAAGAGACCCCGGCUGAUGCCACCGGCUCGAUCCCAACAUCCUAAACAACAGAAGCAACAACCCGCUACGAACACGGCAACUGUACCCGAUCUGAAUCAACUUAAAGUGUAUAGCAACCCGGAUAUCCUGAUCUGCGGCAAUUGCAGGGAGAUGUUUACGGAUCUGGGCGAGUUGCUCGAGCACAAGCGGAAUUACUGCAAACUGCGGUUCACAUGUAAAUGUCACACCUUCAAUGGAACAGCCCCAAGAGAUUCUACAACGGCUCUGCUAUGCGUUCUCUGCAAGGUAUCAUUCCCCUCAGCAUGGGAAUUGAUGGUUCACGCCCAGGCAGCUCACAUGAUCAACAUUUACGAGUUGGGAACCCGACCCCAAAGCCCCAGAUCCGCUCCCAGCCCCCCUCAGAGUCCAAGCCAACAUCAGAAGGAAUCAUCACCGUCACCGCAAGAUUUUCAGGAAACCAAAGCAUCAGAUUAUGAGGAACGCGCGGAAGAAGAAGAUCUGGAUGGACACGAAUUAUUGCCCUCCCCUGACAGUGGUAAAUCAACAGACAACGAGGCAGCUUUGUCACCGAUUAAAAUACGAUCUGACGUAAAUGGACUGGACCACGAAGAAUGCGACGAAUUGAUCCACGUUGAGAACACUACACAAGCUUGUAUCAUGCAUGCCCUCAGCAUUGACUCGUCCUUGGAACUAAACUCUGACACAAACUCGAGGGGAAGUUCUGGCCCAGUCAUGGCGUUGACUAAUGGAUCCUUGUCUGCGAAGGAAUAAGUCGAAGAGGAGAGAGAGAAAAAAAAAAAAGAGAAGAAGAAGAAGAAGAAGAAAAUUAGCCAUUGCAACAAGGUUUUCCCUAUCCAAGGGAUUCCCUGUACCAACGCGCCACCAAUGAGACAUAUCGAUCUCCUUUUAAGGAUAACACAUCCCUCUGUAUAUAGCUUAAAUGCCUAACAAAUAAUUCAGGGUCGUCUCAUGCCAGAUCUGGGACCUAUUUUGGCGAAUUUAGUAUCGAUGGAUCUCGAAUCGUUCUGAGGAUUCGAUCAAUGGGAAAGAUUUAAAGUGUUUCGCUUCCAUUUACGUCCAUCUCAUCGAUUAAUCCUCUUUUUUUCUCCCUCCCCCCUCCUUCCCUCAUUCUUCUCAUAUGCUCUCACCUCUUUCAUACAAUCUAGUCUCGAAGAGAAAUCGCUUUUGGUGGCGAGUUUCUUCCAUUCGUGUAAAUGGAAACUUCGAUUUCUUUAUUUUCUCUCCUCUGUAUCCUUUUCUUUCUUUUUUUUUUUUUCUCUCUCAUUCUCCCAAAUUCUUUUUUAAUUUCAUCAUUCGCCAAAGUAUAUUCGCGGUUUAAAAUUUACAGCCAAAAUCGAAUAACUUCCGAUAGAAUUCGAGGAACACGUAGAAAACGAGAAAUCUAGUCGAUCGAACGUUUUUGAAAAUUUUUUCUAGUCAUCAUGUUAUUCCUUGUCUGUGAUACGAUUAAUAUCUUCGUUAACGAUUUCGUGAGAAUAAUUGUGCUACGGUUUACGUUGUAUUGUACAGGAUUGGGCGGUUUUAUUUAAUUAAAUGUUACGUGAAAAAUAAAUUAUCUAAGAAUUAUUUUUAUUACAUUAAAAUUAAGUUAAACAAGUAAAAUUCGUUGAAUUUCUUGCGUUCUUCUGCAAUUAUCAAGUGUAUCAAGUAUAUCAAAAAAAAAUGAAUACUUUUCUCAGGCAAGAAUAUACAAUUAUACCUGUCUCUUGUUACUUUUACAAUAUUUGCUUCUAAUUCUAAUCAUCUUAUGUAUGAUAUGACCAAUAUGUCAAUAACUCAAUAGCUUCAUCGUUUAAUUUAUCCACAAAUUAUCAUUAUUCAAGUAAUUAAAAUGCCACGUAACAAAAUUAUUUCAAUGCUCAAUCCUGAUAGGAUGAAAACUUUUGGGAGAUCCGUUACAAUUUUUCCAUCCUUCUAUUCCCUUCCCUCGCGAGAUUUUUUAAGUAGUAGCCACGGAAGGAUUCCUAAAGUAGGGUGCAACGUUAAUGGAUUCUUUUUCUAGCGUCGUUGAGAAAUAGGUGAAAACCAGGCCGUCCGUUUGUGGUAGUGUUUUAUGAAAAUUACAAGUAGUCUUCCGACAACCCGGACGUAGGAUCGCACAGUAAGAGAGCACAUACAUUCUCUCUUUCUCUCUCUCUCUCUCUUUCUCUUUCUCUGUUAGAAUUAGUUAAUUAAUCGCGUUCCUUUUUAAUUCCCCGAAGAAACCUUUCGUCUGGAUUUUACUCUUUAAAGACUCUUCUACUCUUCCAUCACCAGUGGAUCCAAGAUUAACUCGAUUCAAGUAAUAAGUAAUAAGGUUGACGUCGUGUAUAUAUAUAUAUAUACGUAUGUGUGUGUAUGUAUGUGUGUGUAUGUGUAGGGAUAUUAAAAAUUAUUCAUAUCUUUGACGAUGAGGAGGUAGACGAUGAUGGAACAUCUUUAUACGACAAUUACGAGAGAGAAAAGAAUAUUCGUUGAAAAUUCAAUUCGAUUUUGUUAUUCGAUAUAUGAUAAAGGAAUGAAGGAAGGAGGAGGUUGAUAAAAAAGGAAAGAAGGAGGAGGAUGACACAGAAGGGAAGGAGGAGAAGAAGAAAGAUUUUUUUCAUAGAUUCCAUUUUUUUCAUCGAUUUAUCCGUGAUGUGGUAUUUUUUUAAAAUAUAAACCAUUGGAGGCAGAAAUAUGAAAUUAUACGUCUUCCCUUGUCGCACGGAUGAAGUUCGUUUAAUUUACAAUUAGUUUAAAAGCUUAAACGGAGUUUGCCUUUCACAAGGUUGAAUAACGUUGAACAAUUCUGGUGAGGAGGAAGGGAUGGAACACGUUUAUACGACAAUUGAGAGAAAAGAGGUAUUCAUUGAAAAUUCAAUUCGAUUCUACGAUAUACGAUAAAGGAGGAGAGUAAUAAAGAGAUAGAGGAAGGUGAUAAAGGAGAGGAGGAAGAGAAGGAUGACAAGAAGGGGGAAGGGAGAGGGGGGAGAAGAGAAGAGUGAUAAAGAGGAAGAGGAACAUAAAAAAGACUUUUUUCCGCGUCCCAUUUUUUUUUUUAUCGAGAGUUUAUCUCGCCGAGGUUUUUUAAAAUAAAUAUUGGAAACAGAAAUAUGGAAUUAUUCGCUUAUUAUUUCUCUUGGCAUAGAUGAAGUUCGUUUAGUUCACAAUUAGUUUAAAUGCUUAAACUGAAUUUGCGUUUCACAAAGUUGAAUAAUGUUGAACAAUUCUGGUAAAGAAAUAGAAUAUGUUUAUACGACAAUUAAAUUACGAGAAAGAAAAAAGAAGAAAUUCGUUCGAAAAAUUCAAUUCGAUUUUACGAUACAUGAUAAAAGGGAGGAGGAGAGUGAUAACAAAAAAUAGAGGAAGAGGAAAACGAUAAAGAAAAAGAUGAAGAAAAAGUUGGAUAAAGAAGAGAGAAAAAUGAUGAUAAAAAAGAAAA